CCUCCUUUUUCCUCUCUCCGCUUCUCUGUUUCCUUCAAUUUCUCUUUCACUCGUCAAUUAUUUUUGCGCUCUCUUUCUUUAAUUUUUUUUCUCCUUCUUUCCUUUGCUGUUCCACUUUGUUGGAGAUCUUUUACAACACUGUUCAUAUUUUGAUUUCCCUCCAGAUUUUUUUUAUUUUUAUUUCAACUACUUGAGGAAUCAUUGUUGGAAUGGAAAGCUUUUUCAUCUUCUUUCUCUCAUUUUUUAUAUGGAAAUGUGAUCUGAGAUCAUAUUUUGAUGUGUUUCUUCUGCUAGUUUGAGUAUUGGGUUUUGUUUUUGAUUCAUCAUAUCUUGCUUUAUUCUUUAUGGGUUUAGCUAAUAAACAAGAUCGUGAUGGUUUAUGAACAUUUUGGGUUGCUCUGUUUUGAAUUGAACGAUGGGGGAAGCCAACGAAGGAGGAAGUAGAGGAAUGGAGAAGGUUCCUCUGCAAACUGAGAAGUACCCAACAGAUCUGUUGCAGAGAUUUUUGUGUAGAAAUUCACAUCAGCCCCAAAUUGGGGCGUUUAAUGAAGAGGGUGAUGCAGAGGAGAUUGAGCUGAAUCUUGGGCUUUCACUUGGGGGUCGAUUUGGGGUUGACAAGAAUUCCAAGAUGCUUGUUCGGUCGUCGUCUAUUGCUGGGACGAUGCGUUUGAGGGACGACGAGGCAUCGACUCCGAUGGCGGUAUCGUACCCGGGUCUUAUUCGGACGUCGUCUCUUCCACCGGAGACGGAAGAGGAGUGGAGGAAGAGGAAGGAAUUGCAGACGUUGAGGCGAAUGGAGGCGAAGAGGAGGAGGUUUGAGAAGCAGAGGAAUAAGGAUGGAAUUGGGAUGGGGAGUGGUGGGUGUUUUGAUGAAGAGAGGCGUGAAAUUGGAGGCCUUGCUGGAUUGAAUUUGAGAGAGAAAAGGGCUGGUUCGGGUGUUUUGACAACAGUGGCGCCGCCGUUCGGGUCGACAACGUGGGCGGCGGGUGCUCGACAGGCUGUUAUCGGCGGAAUUGUGGAUGAAGUUGUCAAAGGGAAAGGUGGUUGUACAUCGGGCGGUGGUGGCGGCGGCAGCAGAGGUUUACCGGGGCUCGGACAGCCUGGUUCUCAGUGCUCCGCCGAAUCACAGGGCGGAAGCUCAUCGGGGAUGUCGGAAUUGGACAGCAAACACAUCCAAGGAUCAAGCAGUUACAGCGAAGCAAGAAGCUCCUCGCAAGAGCAAGGCAACCAAGAGGCUGGAGGUUCUUCAGGAUCGAAGACGUGUGAGAAUCCAUCGGGCAGUUCCAAAGCAGAGACGAAAAAUCCAUCAAAGAAGCCCGAUUUGGGCGAGAACAGGGGGAGAGAAACGGGGACGUCGUCGAUGGAAGACAUGCCUUGUGUGUUCACAAUAGGGGAUGGGCCUGAUGGGAGAAGGGUGGAAGGGAUUCUUUACAAGUAUGGGAAAGGGGAGGAAGUGAGGAUAAUGUGUGUAUGCCAUGGGAAGUUUCUGUCGCCAGCAGAGUUUGUGAAGCAUGCUGGUGGGAAAAAUGUGGCUCACCCACUAAGACAUAUAGUUGUCAAUCCCAAUUCUGGUUCUUUUUCGUGAUGGUGUGUGGCCACCAUCCUUGUCGGUCAACCCCAUCAAACAUUUGGGGAGCUUUCAAAUAGGAACACAUAGAGAACUUAGUGUUUUUAAGUAAAGAGAUCCUUUGUUAAA